AUGUUUGAGUCGGAUGGCGAGGAGGAAAUGACUCUUAAAAAGCGAGAGCCAAGUGAGAAAAGCAUUGGACCUGCCGACGAAGAACCCGAGGGUGUCGAAAACCCGAUGCUCCUACCUCAAACUCUAGAUACAGGUGCUGAACAUGCUGCACCAAUGCCAAGCUCAGAAAAAGUAGAUUUGGAUACGGAGUGGAUGAGCUUCAUAUUCGGCGAAGAUGUCGACGGCGAUGAAGACGUUGCCUUCCAGGAAUCGCUUAAAGAAGCUGCACGAGACUUACGGCCAUCAAGCAGCUCCGGUAGCGACCACUACCAACCUUCUGUGGCUCCCAUCUCGGACCUUGACUCCAAAGAACUUGCAACUCACGAAAUGCACCAACGCCGAGAUAGGGAUGUUAUAAUCCCGUCAUCGCCAAGAUAUUCUCCAAAAGCCGGCCAGACAGACAUGACUAUCCGCAGAGAUCUUGUAGACUGUAUACCAGAGUACAGCCACUACCAAUCCACUGACACAGAUAUUGCAGGCUCUAUCAUAGCAGAAGACUCGGACUCAGUCAAACCACGAGCCGGAACAGAGUCUCUAGCAUCUGAAGUUGCCCCAACACUGAUUAUGGACUCUAUGUCGAUGAUUGCACAACCAUCUGACUCUGAGUUAAGCGAAAACGUGGGUCAAAGGUUUGCCAAGCCCAAAACCUUUGUUGGGAGACUAGCUAGCUCAUCAAGCCGAGACCCUGGACCAGUCUUGCCCCUGAGCGUACACAACAUUUCCAAGAAAAGGGGUAGACCCAAGGGCAGACCGAGAAAGAAGAAGGCCAAGGAUGGACGUGCUAAUAUCAGAGGGCUGCCUGACUAUGACGGCGAUCCAAUUGAAGGCGGAUCAGAUGAGUAG